GGAGACGUCCUUGGUAUGGGUGUCCACGACAAUCAGCGAGCGGCGUAUCACAGUGCAUUCUUACGAACCUUAGUAUCCACAGUAAAGCAAUACAGCGUCUCUGUCUUGGCCUACAGCGCUUGGAGCUUGAUUGAUUCCUUUGAAUUUAGUGGAGGUUAUAGCCGACCAUUUGGUCUCAUCCACGUUGACUACGCGUCCGGUAGCCUGGACCGCUCUCACAAGGACUCUUCUUCAUUCUGGAUUAAAUUGAGAGAGACAAACUCUGUGCCCUUCGUGGAACCUGACCAGACCACCACUCUAUCCCCGCCAACAUCCACUCAGGCACCCUCGACGGCAACAUCCACUCAGGCACCCUCGACGGCAACAUCCACUCAGGCACCCUCGACGGCAACAUCCACUCAGGCACCCUCGACGGCAACAUCCACUCAGGCACCCUCGACAGCAGCACCAAGCAGCUGCACUCGUGCAAGUAGCAGUAUGACUGUAUUACUGCUUGCGGUAUUAGGGCUUAUGCUGGCACUUUCACGCUCUUCUAAGUAGUUCAUCCACCGUAUUGACGAUUGUUCAAUCAUUCAGUAAAUUUUAGGCGCAGCCCUCAGGCCGGCCUUUUUUUUUUUUUGGAUUUUUAAAUAUUGCUGUAUAACCUUUCAACAAAUAAAUAGGUUGGAACCAACUACUGCCAGGUAAUUCUGCUGUCUAAUUCAAAAAUAAAAAUCUCAACAACUGGAA